GCCUCGCUUGACGGCAGCGUGGCGCCCGCGUUUUUGCGACGGUGUGGCAGCACCGCCCUCCGCCCGGCUGCCGCGCUUGACGGCAGCGAUGGCGUCGCGGUUGAGUGGGGCGCUUCGGCUGGCGGGCCUGGACGACUACAUCGCGCCCUCACAGGAAUGUGUCAAGCCUGUAAAGGUGGAAAAAAAGCCUGGAAAAGCAGCAGCUAAGAUCAAAAUUGAAGCAGAUGGGAGCUAUUUUCAGAUCGGUCAGGAUGGAGAAGCACAAAAACUGGAGAAGGCUAAAAUUACUCUGAACGACUGUUUAGCUUGUAGUGGCUGCAUUACGUCAGCAGAGAGUGUGUUAAUCACUCAGCAGAGCCACGAAGAGCUCUGCAAAAUACUAACUUCUAACAAGACUGCAGCUCCAAAUGAACAGAAGUUGGUGGUGGUUUCUGUUUCACCACAGUCCAGAGCUUCACUAGCUGCGAGAUGUAAAUUGAGUGUUCUGGAAACAGCAAAGAAGUUGACUGCGUUCUUGAAGAGUUUAGGUGUGCACUAUGUAUUUGAUACAACCUUUUCAAGAAACUUCAGUCUGCUGGAGAGUCAAAAAGAGUUUGUAAAACGCUUUCGAAAAACAAGCGAAGACAAAAAGGCUUUGCCAAUGCUAGCUUCUGCCUGUCCAGGUUGGAUCUGCUAUGCAGAGAAAACCCAUGGCAGUUUCAUCAUUCCUUAUAUCAGCACCACCAAGUCUCCGCAGCAGGUCAUGGGCUCCUUAAUAAAGGGCUAUUUUGCAGAACAGCAGCACUUAACACCUGACCAGAUAUACCAUGUAACAGUAAUGCCCUGUUAUGACAAAAAGCUAGAGGCUUCAAGGCCAGACUUUUUCAACCAAGAGUACCAAACUCGAGAUGUGGACUGUGUAAUCACCACAGGGGAAGUGUUAAAGUUACUGGAACAAGAAGGAGUAUCUCUAUCAGAUGUAGAUCCUGCUCCUCUGGAUACCAUGUUUAGUAGUGCUGCAGAAGAGGAACUCACUAGCCACUCAGGAGGUGGUUCUGGUGGUUAUUUGGAGCACAUAUACAAGUAUGCAGCCAAGGAACUCUUUGGAAUUCAAGUGGAUACAAUUCAGUACAAACCUUUAAAAAACAAGGACUUCCAAGAGGUGACACUGGAGAAGGAUGGAGUAGUUCUGCUCCAGUUUGCCUUGGCAUACGGGUUUCGAAACAUACAAAACUUAGUGCAAAAGUUGAAACGAGGGAAGUCACCCUAUCACUACGUUGAAGUCAUGGCCUGUCCAUCAGGCUGUUUAAAUGGAGGUGGUCAGAUUGAACUGGAAGGUGAAUCCAGCAAGGAUGGGCUCCAGCAAGUUGAGAAGCUGUAUAAUUCUCUUAAGGCUGAAAUUCCAGAGGAGAACCGGACUGUAACUGAACUGUAUGAGCAGUGGCUGGGUGGCACGGAGUCAGAAAAGGCUGGGAAAGCUUUGCAUACAGAGUACCACGCAGUGGAGAAAAUAAGCACUGGAUUUAACAUCAAAUGGUGACGACUGAUGCUGGAUGCAGAUCUGUGAAGCCCAGAUGAACUCAGUGCCUUUUAAAGUUGAUUGUAUUUAAGAUUCUCAAGAGACUGCUAAAGCUCAGCGCCAUCACUGGUGAACUGCACUUUCUGACUCUCCUUGGGGAGAAGGUAAUGUGCAUAUAGGCAGGCAAUACUAAUUCCUACAGCUUUAUAAUUAUUAUAAUGAUGUGAAUAAAAGACAAACAGUGACUUAAAUACAUGUUAAAAGAAGCAGUAAUGUAUCUUAGCCUCUACAGUCUCUAACGACUAAAUCUGCAUUCCCUUUACAAUCCUCUUCCUAACAUAAGUGACAAAUUUAAGGUACUGAAGGAUUUGUCUUGAAGUAGACUGUAACCUCACCGAGAUGAGCUUUAUGCUACCUGAGAGUAUUUCCCAUCCAGGCUUUGCUGUAUUUUUUUACAGCACAGAGUUUUAUGACUGUCUCUUUUGGGACAUCCCCACUUAGUUAUAAAUGGUCUAAUUAGACCUUGGGCUUUGUUUUUAUGUUUCUCUGCCCCUGACUGGAUGCCCUUGAAGUCCAGCUGCAGCCUCUCUGCACUGGCAGAGGGGGGCGGGUACCAGCAGCCUGUAAUCAUGCAAGAAGCAUCAUCUCUAGGGCUGUUCUGUGCCCUGCUGAAAUGUGACUCAAAUGAAUGUUUAAGAAGAAAAAGCUACGUGUUUCCUUUAAUUAUAACAGUCAUCCAUAACUGGGGACAAUUACAUCUCUCCCUCCAUAAAUACAUAGAGACACACACAGCUGUCACAGCUACACUGGCCUCAACAGUUACCGAUGAGUAAUAUCCUUAAACUCAGCAAAAACAGUUUUUACAGUGCUUCAAGUAAGAAUUUAUUGCUACUUUUCUUUUUGACAAAAGUCCUUGGUGUCUGAAAGGUGUUAAUUUAUAAAAGGUCAUAGAAAAAGAAGGCCAGGGGAUGUAGUCAUCACAGUUUACCAGAACAAUCCAAGAGGUUAGCAAAAAUACAUCUGAUUUAAUGUGAUGCGUUACAAUGCUUUGCCAAAACACGUGUGGAUAUGAACUAGAUUUGGUCUUUUGUUAUGGGAGAUGACGUGUGCUUGACUUGCUAUCUGUAUUUUUACCUAUGGGUGUUUUCAGAACUAUUUACAGAAAAAAAAAAAAACACAACUGUGAAU